AUGGAGGACCAGAUCUUUAUUCAGUCUCGCCUUAUUGAUCCGGAAGAGGCCCGUAAGAACGGUGCUUUCACUACUCUUCCUAUUCGCAUCCACAAGCGAAAUGACAUUGCCGAUGAUACCGCUCGUAGAGUCCUUCGUGAUUGGGGUCACCAUGUAGGCGAUGGCAUGGAGAAGAAGGCACUCACAUCGUUCAGUCAUCUAGGCAAUCUGAAUGCCUUCACAUACACUGAGGCAUUGCCGGAGAGACUAGGUGUAUUAUCCUAUUUACUCGACCUUGGGCUAAUCCAUGAUGACGCCACCGAAGGAAUGGGCUUAGAAGAUGCCAUAGCCGAGCAUCAUGACUUCGAGCGAUCCCUGGACGUUGAAGCGACGGAGGAGGUUGCUCAAGGCUCGAGAGCGGACAAGCUCAAGAGGCUUGGCGCAGAAAUCCUUCUUGAAGCAGUUCGAAUCGACCGCGAGAUGGGAAUGCACAUGUUGGAGAUGUACCAGAAAGAGUGGUUGGCCAUCGUUGAGAAGAACGACGACAAGGAAUUCGAUGACUUGCAGGCUUACUACGCUUAUCGAAAGUGUAAUUUUGGAAUGAGAGCAUUCUGGCCCAUGGUCGAAUAUGGAAUGGGCUACCGAUUAACCUCAAAGCAACACGAACUUAUCAAGCAUGUAAUGGAGCCCAUUGAAGAAGCACUCAUGCUUACCAACGAUUACUGGAGCUGGGAUCGCGAAUACGAGGAUUGGAAAACAAAUGGCAACCGGCUUGUCAACGUCGUUGACGUCGUACGGCGAACACGGUCGAUACCUAUCGACGCAGCUCGAGAUGUUGUGAAGCAAAUGAUUAUUGAGACUGAGCAGACUUACGUCAAGAGAAAGACCGAUUUCUACAAGGAAUAUUCUGAUGUCUCUCUGGAGGUGAGGCGUUGGAUUGAAGCCGCCGGAUGUGUUGUGUCUGGAAGUCAUUACUGGGCGACAAGCGCACCUCGUCACCAUGUCCGGUUCCGCGAAUCGUUUGCACAGGAGAAUUCUCCCUUGAACGGUACCAGCGACAGCUCUUCCCCAGGAGCUUCCAGCGAGACGAGUGCUUUAAGUGAUGCUUGCACUAGUAACACCUCAUUUGCUACGCUCAUAUGCAAGAGCCCUGAAACCAGGGAUGUGCAGGUAGCCACGAACGUGGAGAAGAGCAAACGAGGGCAGAAGAGGAACAUCGAAGAUGGGUCUCGUCAAGACGGCCCAAGCAAGAAGGUCCAUACAGAACUCGGUUGGGAGAUGCCCGAUGACAUGGCGGUUCAAUCUCCAUGCCAUUAUAUCAGAUCCUUACCUUCGAAAGGGGUCAGAUCGAUGCUCAUCGAUGCUUUGAACGUGUGGAUACAAGCUCCAAAGAAGUCUAUCAAGGCUGUAGAGGAGCUAAUCAGCUUACUGCACAACGCGUCGCUAAUCCUCGAUGACAUCGAAGAUGAUUCGCCCCUUCGUAGGGGUAGGGCGGCCACACACCUCGUUUUUGGGCAUUCUCAAGCAAUCAACAGUGCAAACUUCAUGUUUGUCCAAGCCGUUCAGCACGGACGCAAGCUUUCGAACCCACAGGCGGUGGACAUCGUGCUGUAUGAGCUGGAGCGAUUGCAUCUUGGACAGAGUUGGGAUUUGUUCUGGAAGCACAAUCUACUCAGUCCGAAAGAGGAGGAAUACAUCAAAAUGGUGGAUAGCAAGACUGGUGGUUUAUUCCGUAUGCUGUUGCAGCUUAUCGUUGGCGAAAGCGCACAGGAGCCCAAAUGCGAUGUGGAAAGGCUGAUCCGAUUGAUGGCGCUGCUGGGCCGGUUUUUCCAAGUGCGUGACGAUUACGUUAAUCUGAAGUCAGACACAUACGCCGAGCAAAAAGGGUUCUGUGAAGACUUGGAUGAGGGCAAGUUCUCGUAUCCAAUUGUACAUUUCCUGCAACAUGCACCGGAAAUGUUACAAGCUCACGUCAUCAGCAUAUUCCGGCAGCGACCGAGUGGUGGUACAGGACGAGAGACCACGCCGAUGGCGAGAGGGGUGAAGCAACAUGUGCUGGAUCUCCUCGAGUCGGAGGGAACGUUCGAGGCUGUGCUGAAAUUGCUCCGUCAGAUGGAGGCUGAGAUCAUCGCCGAGAUUGGGCAGUUGGAAGAGAUCACCGGCGAAAGCAAUCCUAUGCUGCGGCUUGUGAUCGAGGGCAUCAGCGUGCGGGGGCUGGCGUAA